AUGGCUCCUACUCGAAACCGAGUGAAUUUUAAGACCUACGAGACUAGCACUCGCCUGCUAGCUGCUGUGGUCGCAUCCCUCGAGGGCAAGGCCAAGCUCGACUACGAUGUGAUUGCGUUACUAGUGGGAGGAGGCAGCACGGAAUCCGCUGUGGAACACCGCUUGCGUCCUAUUAAGCAGCUGGGCAAGUUGCAAGUCGACUGGUUUAUGAACAAAAGAAAGGACCCGGGCGAGCUGCCUGUCGAGGGUGGAGAAAUCCAGAAGCUCUUCGGCGAGUCUACUGCCGCCGGCAUACAGUGGCAGAUGCGUGAUGUGAAAGCUCUAGGUCGCGCGCAGCGACAGGCCGUCGAGGCAAACAAAAGUCCCUGGGAUGUUAAGCUCGAGGCUCCUACACGCGCCAAGGCCUCCGCCGCGUCAACACCUACGAGCAGGGGCGGUCGCACACCCUCCACCGCAGCCUCUUCGAAGCGUAAACGCGGCCCUAAGAAAGUGACUAUGUCCGAGGAUGAUACUGGCCUUGACAGUGCUGAGACCGACUACGAUACAAAGGAUCUCCGCUCAGAUGACGACGAUGUCCUUCAGAUCACGCCCACACCCAAACGCCGCAACACUCAAGGUCCCAAUAGCGCCAACGCGGACAAUACCGCCACACCUGUUCCAGCUAAGAACAACAGCAGCGGUGGCAGCGGUGGCAAAGAUGUCACACGCUCCCUCUUCGGCAACGGUGCCAAGUCAGCGCGCGCCAACAACAACAACAACAACAACAACGAUGACCAGGUCCAGUUCGUCGAUCUGAGCGAGGACACACCCCCGCCCCCAUCCAGAACGACCACGAGCGCGCCCCAAGUGAAGGCUGACCCAGAUUCAGACCUGGUAUCGGAGGAGAACAGCCCAAUUAGACCGGGCCACGACGACCCUUUUAUUGGCAGCAGCGGCAUGUUCGACGACGACGAGCUUGCGGAUGGAGAAGUCUAA